AUGCAGCGGACGCAGCCGCUCGACUACUCCUCGUCCGAGGACGGAACGCGGCCGGCCAAACGCAAGCGCGUGGCCCUCGCUUGCGAAAGCUGCCGGGAGCGAAAAAUCAAAUGCGAUGGCGCGAAGCCCAUCUGCGGGCCUUGCGAGAGGCGCAAUGCUUCCGCGGGCAGCUGCGGCUAUAGCCUCUUGGCCAACAAUGCGCGGAAGAGCAGCGAGCAAGAGUACAUCGCAAGCCUGCGACAACAGGUUCGGGACCUCCAGCAGGCCGCAGGAGGCCGCGCGAGUGAAUCCGAACCUCGCAAGCCCAGCCCUCCCCGCCCGAAAGGAGCGCCCCGGGGCGGGAACCCCGGGCCCCAACGUUGUCGCGCAGGUCUCGUCGCCUCAUCGGUCGCUCGGAAGGAGCCUCUCGGUCGGCCGGACGAGCUCCACCACCUCGCCUCGGGAUACGAGGGACUCUGGCUCCACGAUGCUCCGACCCGUCGUGCCCGCGUUCCUCGCCGACCAGCGCUGCCCCGCCAAGGCCCAAGCUCUGAACCACGCCGCCUGAGCCCCAUCAGCGCCAUGGGCGCCAUCGUGCCUGGCCACGAGCAGCAUUCUACGCGCAGGAAUAACGAGUAUUACGGCGAGUCGUCCCUCCUCUCCCUCAUGCGAGAGGUGGACCAGCCUUCCAACGCCAACUCCGACCAACGACAGCAGCAGAAUAGCUCAGAGAGCCAAUACCGAAGUAUGACGAGGGACCACGGCGACGAUUACCUUACCCUUCAGGCGGAAUUUGCUCUCCCGCCCCGCGCAGCCGCCGACAAGCUCAUCGAGCUCUACUUUUCCAACGUGCACAUCUUCUACCCCUGGAUGCACUCGCGGGAGCAAGACCGGGCGGUGGACAAGAUCGACAUUGGUUUGGGCGGCGGCAACUACCCGCGCCACGUCUUUUUCAGCGCUCUCAACGCCAUGUUCGCUCUCGGCUGCCAGUUCUCCGACCUGUCGUCCGAGGAGAAAAGGGCCGCCUCGGCCAUGUUUUACGACCGUAUCAAGACACUGCUGCGGUUCGAUAUCCUCGACAGCGGCAGCAUCGGCCAAGUCCAGGCUCUCCUCCUCGUGGGUCAGUAUCUGCUUGGAACACAGUACCCUACCCGCUGUUGGAAUGUCGUCGGCCUCGCCUGUCGAAUGGCUAUUAGUUUGGGUCUGCAGUCCGCCAGCUUCUCGAGAGACAGUUCCGAGGUGGAGGCAGAAGUCAGGCGGCGAGUGUGGUACGCUUGCCUGCAAAUGGACAUGACUGUGAGCAUGACUUUGGGUCGCCCCCACUCCAUGCACAUGCGUCACGAUGUCCCCCUCCCCCGUUCAAUCGACGACGAGAACCUAAUAAUAGGGAGGGACCGUAAUCUGCAACCCGAAGGAACCGAUUCCAUCACCAUCUUCAUGGUCCAGAAUGCCAAGCUCGUCAAGAUCCUCGGCCAGAUCCUGGACCGCAUCUACCACUCCAAAGCUGGAGCGUAUAGUUCGCCCGAUGAUAUUCGAGCGGCCACCGUGCACUCGGAGGACUUUACCAGCAUAUCCCACCUCGACUCUAUAUUAGAAGAAUUCACGAGGGCCGUGCCCGACGUAUUGUGCUGGAACAGGCCCCGGAAGGAUGGGGGCCGCGACGUCAUGUCUUCAAGCGGCAAUCCAACGUGCUCAUGGCAAGAGUGA